CUUCACCCAAUCGCAGCCCUGAUACAUUUCCUAUGUUCUUUGCGUUAUACCCGGCGAUUGCAUCGCCAUAAAGUUGUUGUUUUAAUAGUCGCAGGGGCAUCGUCUCUUUUCAUUUACUGCCACCAGCCCGCUACGUUGGCACCGUGGAGAUGGACCCCAACUACAGCAUGGAUGUGGAUGAUCUCUUUGGAGACUCUGAACAUGUCAGCCUACAGAACAUCACCGCAGUGCCACCGGUGAUAGGUCUUGCUCGCAGAGUUGAUGAGCUUGGUGCGAGUGGAUGCUCCCAGAAGAUCGCAUGGUCCAAAAACGGCUGCGUGGCUUACAUUACGCCAGAUGGCGCUGCAGUCUACCUGAAAGUCUUUUCUCGUGAGGACGAGAGUGGGAAAUGGGAUCUAGGCAAAGACAUUGCCUUAGAAUUUCCCCAAGGCCGCGAACACUUCCCCUUUGUCCACUUGUCGUGGAGCCACUUGGGGAACGACAUCGCUGUUGUUGAUGCAGCAGGACGUGUGCUAAAUUUCUCGUGUGUGAUGGCUUUAGACAGGAUGCACUACAUCAAGGCCGAGCUAGCACAUCCAGAAGCUGAAGCAGAUGGUGUGGUUGGCCUGCAUUGGCUAGCGAUCUAUCCGUACGAGCAGAAGAAUCAUAUCGCAUGGUCAGCGGAGAGAGAGGGGGAGAAGUGGAAAUGGAACGUUCGUUCGCACGUGUUUCACGACGCACAUCACCCAAUCCCUAGCAAAGCCUCGCUCAUCUAUCUGAAGAGGCACGGAGAGCUUAUGUUGCGCUUCCAACAGAACGACAACGCCUGGCAAGAGUCAUCCACCCUGCUAGGACCUAUGAUAUCCACGCAGGAGUCGUUCACCCAUGCGGCUUUUGCGUCUAACAACGACGAUAGCCUACUGAUGGCAGCUUAUGAUGUCAAACGGUGUCUGUAUCUUUAUCGGAUAGAGACCGCGUGGCAAGUUCCGCAGGAGAAGCACAACCAAAAUGCCGGUCACUUCGACAAACCCAGCCUGCAAGUCUCGUUGAUCGCUAUCGAAGAGAACUGCGGGCCUGUCAAUAUGAUUACAGGCAACCUCGAUAACGGCGCUGAAGCGAGAGGAACAGCUCCUGCACAACUCACGCAUCUCAGCUUUUUGCCCGUCACGCCUGAUCCGAGUGAUGACUCAUUGCCUACCGUCCAAGCCAUCUACUGCAGGCCUCCAAACUUGGUUCCGGUGGAUCAUCUCCAGCCUCAAGAGACUCCACACAGUGUUGUAGUCAGGUGGGAGGUGCAUCAGCUGCAGCAAAAUCAGCUGCACCCGAGCCUUGACCAUGUAACGUCAAAGAAGAAGACCAUCGGCUCUGUGACGGCACGAACCGUUUCGCAGCUCAAGCGAGCCGCAGACUUUCCCAUGCACGCAGUCGUACUGUCGUGCGUUCCUGUGUGGUACCACAUGCUCUUGGCCUUCCACUACAGCGAUGGUACGAUCGAGUUUCGAAAGCGGAUGACUAUGGAGACUCUCGUCAACGACGGCAACACGGACAUGGUCACGUCGCUCUAUCAAGCCGGUUUUGCCUUCCCACACGGCGAGCCAUCCCUGCACAUGGCCCUCUCCCCGAACUACUGCAUCUCAGCCUGCAUGCAGCAAGACUCCAACAUCAAACUCCGCUCACUCGAGUACCAGCGCGGCACGCUCGCCCUCUCCGACGACGACCCGCGCAAUCCCGCCGCCAUCGCCGCCCUGAUCCUCCAAUCCGCCUCCUCCGCCAACCAAUACUUCUCCAGCGACGACAUCUUCAGCGUCAUGGGCACGCUCUCCGACAAGCGCAAGAACGAAUUCACCUCGCUCCUCUUCGAAGCGCUGCAAGUCAACAUCGACUGCGGCGUCGACGACAUGAACAACAACUACCUCAUGCUUCUCGGCCGCUCGCCCUUCUUCGUCAAAACCCUCUCCGCCAUGCACCUCCUCGGCCUGCGGUCCCCGACCGACCGCGACCUCAGCAGCAAAAUGGCCUGGAUCGUCCUCAACAUCAAAUACGUCACCCAGAUCCUCACAAGCAUCACCCGCAUGCACGGCCACAUCGACAAGACCCUCCUCCGCCCAGAGGUCGUGCCCCAGUUCAUCGGCAUCUGCCGCUGGAUCAUGCACUUCAUCGCAUACACCAUGGACUCGCUCUUCGCGCUCGGCCGCGCCUUACUCGACGCCCCCGCCCCGCCCACGCCCGCCUCCCUCGCCGCCCUCUUCGCGCACCACAACAACCCCGCGGUCCUGCUCCUGCUGUCCGCGUUCCCGCGGCACAUGAUGAAACUGUGGUCGCAGCCGCUGGCCUGGGUCAAGCGCAGCGCCGACUCGUUCACGAACCCCGCGGCGCCCGUGCAGGCGCCGGAGAUCCGCCGCCUGUACGCGCCCCUCGCGGCCGCGCUGAGCGAGAUCCCGUUCGACUGGCGCUGGUUCGAGCGGCUGGUCAGCGAGACGCACGACGCGGCGCGGGCGGCGUGCAAGGCGGCGCGGCUCGACGACGGCGCGCGCAAUGCGCUCGAGCAGGAGCUGCUGGUGGGCCGUGUGCCGGCUGUGUAUGCGCCGCUCGCGGCCCGGCUGCUGACCACGCAGCUCUGGGACUCCGGGGCCCCGGGCGGGUGUCUGGCGGAUAAGCUGGAUGCAGGCCGGUUGAUGUUCUUCGACACGGUGUGGUUGGGGCUGCAGGGGGGAAGGCGCGCGAAGGCGUGGCAUGCUGCGCACACGGUGGAUGUGUGUCAGAAGAUGGUGGUGAGGGGGGUGGGCACGCAGGAGCAUCCUGUGACGGGGGCGACGCAGAUGGGGCGGCGCGAGGGGGAGAAGAGGCUGAGGCGGUGUGUGCGGUGUGGGAGUUGCAUGGAGGAUGUGACGGUCAAUCAGGUGGGGUAUACGCCGCAUCAUUUGAAUUGGCUGAUGGGGAUUGCAAAGCAUUGCGUCUGCGGGAACAGCUGGAUGCUGGCACCGGAGAAGAAGGAGAAGUAGAACAUGUAACCGACAUAUACAAAAUCACUGAUAUAGGAUUCAAGACAGAGGCUC